AUGUCAUCACCCUGGAAGAACUUUAUUCCUAAGAGAAAAUACAGAGAGAGGCGUCAGCUUAGCAGUCGUAAGCACCUUGGAAUGUUAGAAAAGAAACAAGAUUACAAGAAGCGUGCUGUUGAUUACCAUCAGAAGUCUAAACAGAUGGAAAAACUCCGUGAAAAAGUUAUCAAUAAAAAUCCAGACGAGUUCUACUACAACAUGAUUAACUCUAAAAUGGUCAAUGGAGAGCAUAAAAUUAAGGGCUCAAAAGUUACAGAUGAAUUCAAGAAGAACUUAAAGCUGCUCGACUUUACCAGGAUGGUCCAAAAGAAACGUACCGAAAAACUUCAGAGCCAAUUGCACCUUGUCGACGUUGAAAAGCCAAAUAACCACAUUUAUUUUGUCAGUAGCAAGAAGGAGAUCAAGAGAAAGGCCAAAGAACUACAGAAGAGAAAGGAGAAAAUCCAAGAGAAGAAGGAAGAAAUGCUUGCAGAUAUUGUCUUCCACAACAAGGAAGAAGAGUAUGCCAUUCUACAGCAAAAUAAAAAGAAGGCUUAUCACAGUGCUGCUCAAGCUAUGAAAAGAGAGAAUGUUUUGACACAGAUGAAGAACGCACUUGAGAUGGACAACAAGAUUAAGUCUAAAGGCAAGAAGCGAAAAGUUGUAGACAAAGUGAGUGGCAAAGAGACCUACGUAUGGUUCUCACAGAGGAAGAAAUAG